UAAAUUUACUGUUUAUUUCAAAAGCACUUUAGGUACGUUUCACUUCUAUUUUCUCUCUCUACAUGGUAGUUCGCUAAGUUGGCCGAAUUGGCACCAGAAUUUCCUAUAAUUCCACGUACAAAAACAAAAAAAACAAAAAACCAAAAAAAACAAUUGCUUUUGGUAUGACAAAAGGGGCUAAAAUUCUCACUUCAUCACACCUGUGGUAUCUGUGUCCACCCAUCUAUCUGCGUGAAUGCAUUGUCAAAUCGCUCAAAAUAUUUCUUUCGCGUACAAGCGCCUUGUUGUCAUAUCGUCGCCACCAUUUUGCCCCAACGUUGCAUGUGCCGCCAGUGUGCGGGCUUUAGCUAUAUGGAUAUGGAGUUGCUGAAUGUGUAUGGCAGAGCCAUACCCCACUAUAUCAUCCCUAUAAAGGGCGAUGGGUCCUGUUUGUUCCGUGCUCUCUCUUUUGUGAUGUUUAAUACGCAGCACAUGGCGAAUAUCGUGCGCAAAGAAAUUAUAAGUCAUGUGGUCACCCAUUGGGCCCAGUUUGCUAUAAUGUCGCACGAUCAUCGUGGCAACAACUACUUGAAUGCCGCAGCCUAUUGGAACGACAUGUCGCAGCCGUAUACUUACGGCGGACUGUGCGAGCUGAUGGCGGCUGGCCAGAUAUAUCCGUACACCUUCGAGGUCUAUCGAAAUGGCGAGAUUUACACUCGUGCUGGCGACCAUGGAUUUCCGGUUCGACGCUUGCGCUUCACUGACGACCUCUCGAGCGGACACUUUGACGCCUACGUCAUUAAGGCAAAUGUUCAGCAAGCGAAGCACAGCAGUGUUGGUGCAUUGAUGCAUAAUAAUGCUUAACACCUUUAUCAAGACGGAGGUGCCAAUAAAAGCGACAAGGAGGGUGCUGUUAAUAAUGCACUUUAAAGAAGAAGGCGCUUUAAAAAGCCAAUGCAAAAGGACCAAAGGAACGCAAAACCAAAGGCGCAUAUCUGAGAUCUAAGAAAUGGAUGCGAAAGCAAAGAAAAUGACUGAAAACAACGUUGAUAGGUCUAAAUUAGUUCAGUUUUGAAAAACCCCUCCAUAAGAAAACUCUAAAUUAACUAGUAAUUACAUAUCAUAUCAUAUUCAUGAUUAAAAUACUUAUAUAUGGGCAAACUUUAUUGCUCUUCAUGAAAUAUAGUACCUUUGUUCCCCUUACGCUCUUCAUAAAAUAUAUUUCUUUUGUUUCCCUUUA